ACCAACAUUUCUAAGCUAUUCCAUCCUUUUCUCUCUCGCGCUUUAAGAAAAUAGAUAAUUAAAGAAAAAAAAAAAAAAAAGCCCUGCAAAUACAAUAAAUUCACUGUUCAGAGAAAAUAAAAUAAAGAAAAAUAUAUGCUUUCGUGAACCGCCUCAAAUCUCUUCUCUAAACUGAGAAUGGGAUUUUAGGGUUUAAAGAAUCUUCUUAACGUUCAGGUACUUGUUGGUUUUUCCUGGUUUUGAAAUUUGUUUGACGAAGCUGGUUGAUGGAACAGAGGUUAGGGUUUUGACUGGUCGUAAUUAGGGCUCACAUUGUGUUGGGUGGCGUUUUUAGUUCGGUUUUGGUGAGUUUAAUUGGAUUUCGGAUAAUGCUUGUUUGUUAGUUUGUUGAAAAAUAUUGAGAUGGUUUCGUGCGAGGAUUCACCAUUGGUUGAUGAACCCUCGUGUGAUUCUGAUAUUGAGAAGGUUUCGUCUGUGGAGUUUAGGGAAAAGCUGGUUUCUGAGAAUUUUUGUUGCUUGGAGACUGGUUUUGAUGUGAUUGAUGCUAAUGUGAAUAGCGUUGAUUCAGUGGAUCAGUGUCUUGGUUUGUCUAGUGAUGAUGCAAAUUAUUGUGUGAGCUGUGAUGAUAUUGUAGAGACGGGUAUUGAUGAUACGGUUGGGUUGGUGCCAAAUUGUGAAAAUGUGGUUAGUCUGGGUUUGAAGAGAGUUGUGGAAGAUGAAUGUGGUGUUAAUGGGGUUUGUUUGAAUGAUAGUGUGAGUGAAGUUGGUGUUUGUAAUUUGCGAGACAGGUGUUUGGAGUCUUGUGAUGAAAAUAAUGUUUGUGCUAGCUUGGCUAAGGUUACAGAAAUGGUUGAUGUAAAGAGAGAUGAUUUGGCGACUGAGUGUGAAAAUGUGGCUUGUUUGGUUGUGGAGAAAAUUGUGGACAAUGUAUGUGGGACAUCUUUGAAUGAGAGUCAAAUUGUAGCAGAUGUUUUCUGUGCAGAGAGUGAUGGAUUGCACUUGGAAAACAGAGGGUUUCAAGGCGAGGAUGGGAUUGUGAAAUCACUUGAGGGUUUUAAAGUGCCCUUGCAAGAAAUGCAUGGUGAUACUUCAGGGACAAACCAUGAUCAACAUGAUGAACUAGAAGAUGAGUUUAAGGACAAUAGGAUUGUUGGUUGUCUCUCAGGCAAGGAGAGGGCAAUUGAAGAGAAAAAUGAUGUUUUUGCUGUGGUUGAUAAAGAUAUUUGCAACAGAGUAUUAACCUCGCGGAGCCCUGAACUAGAACUUGUUACUGAUUCACUGGGAAAUAGUGUUGAACAGGAUGACCAUAAGGAUGAUAAGAGCAUUGAUGGUCUAUCUUUACAAAGGGUUAUUGAAGUUAUGGAAGAGAAAACAGAUGCUUUAGCCAGGAUACAGGUAUAUGCACAUGAACGAAUGCUGCCUUCAAAAUAUAAUGAAAUGUCCACAGAAUUAAUGACCCUGACUGAUUCUCUGAAGAAUCCUGUUCACCAGGAAAAUACAGAAAAUGAUAAAAAAGCUGGUUCUCUCGCUUCAGAAGGGGUUACAGAGUAUAUGGAUGAGAGAAUCAAUACUUGUGACCAAAUAUUGCCUUCUCAGGGAUGUGGACUGCUCACAGAGUUGAUACCCAGAACUAGUUCACUGGGAAAUUGUAUUAACCAGAAUGAGCAGGAGGAUGAUGACACUAUCAAUGGAGUUAUGGAAGCGAAAAGUGAUGCUUUCUCUGGAACAGGGAAUGAUAUUUGUGACCAUGUGUUGUCUUUACAGGAAUCGAAGGAAGUCACUGGUACUAUGAGAGGAGUUACGAUAGAAAAAAGAGAUUGUUCAGAUGGGAUAGAGACUGAUUGUAAUCACCCAGAAUUGGCUUCCCAGUGCAAUGAAUUGCCUACAGAUUUAUUAUCUUCAUCUGAUGUGUCAAAUAAUUCUUCCCAACAAAAACAGCUGAAGGAAACAGAAUGCAUCAUGAAUCCUGUUGUGGAAUUGAAAGCUGAUCAAAUUCAAUUGAAACUUUCAUGCCAUGAUGAUUCAUUCAGAUGUGGUGAAAGACAUAAUGGUUGUAAGGAUCAUGGUAUUUUCAGUCAUUGUGAUGAGGAAACAAUUGAGAUAGCUACUGAUACAAAAAGUAACACUAAUGCAUGCAUUGUAAGUUUGUCUGCACAUAGUUUUCAGGGCUCCUUAGAAAGUUCACUUUUUGCUGAUAUACUGAGUAAUUGCACACAGCAGAAUGAGCUAAGCAAGGAUAGGGUUAUUGAUGGUCCCUUUGCAGUGAGUGUACCAGACGUUGACAAAUUGGUUUCAUUGCCGUCAAGCUUUCCCACUGGUGUUGAUGAGUUUAGCUCUUGUAAUAGGGUGGAAGUGACAGAUCUCUUUCAGAAAGAUCCUUGUGUUGCUAUUAGUUCUGACAGUGCAGUUGACUGUUCUGGACAGACAGAACAUGAAGGAAAAUAUGACACUACAGUUGAUUGUUUCUCCAAAACUAAAUAUCCUGACAUUAUAUCAUCAUAUUCUAGAAGGAGCAGUCGAAUAAGUAGAUCAAACCAGAAGACUCGGUCAAAAACUGUUGCAAAGAAUAGCAGGAAUGCUGCCAAAGCGCAAAUCCCACACAGAAGUGUUGACAUUAUCUUCAAGGUUGCUAGAAGGAAGAGGAGCACUUUCUCCAAAACAUCUCGUUCUUCCAUCUGGGGAUUAUUGGGCAAUAUUACUCAAAUAUUAAAUAAGAGUGAGAUGACUACUUCAAGUCAAGUUCAGAAUCAAGGAUCACGGAAAGUAAAAGAUGGCAAAGGAAAUCAAAAGCAGAAUAAGGUUCAGGCCAGUGUAAGCUCAUUGGAUUGUAGCAAAAAAAAUAAUAUUUCGAGUAAAUGUCUCCGUCUGAAGAUUAAAAUGGGGAAAGAAGUUUGUAAAAGUAGUCUGAAUGUUAUGGUUCCAGAGAUGGUUGACACCAUAGCAGCUUCUGAUGAUAUUGUUGGUGAUCACAGGACCUCAGAAUUUUCACAUUUUACCCAUGGCUUUGAAGAUAAAUCAGUGGAAGAAGGGAUCGAUAGACAGUUUCUGUGUUUCAAUAAGAAUCCAGUGGGGACAGAAAAAUACUUGAAUGAUUCUGCUGUGGAUGUUCACCAUGCAAAUAAGGAGUUGGAGGGCACUGUGGUUUUGGACAAGACUGCUGCAGAUGUUGCUGAUAGCCAUCUUGGAAUUCCAGCCCAUAAAUGGGCUGAGGGAUUGGAAGGAAUUACUGAGAACAAUUAUGUAAACCCUGGAACUUCACCAGAUUCAGAAGUUAUUGAUGUAAUUCUUGAGGGCCAAGUUGGUGGCAAAGGUCAAGAAGGCUUGGACAAAACUGUUUUGGCUUCUUCCACAGCUUUUGCUAUUACCAGCAGUAAGAGAGGGAAGAAGAAAAACAACCUACUUCUUGCUGAUAAUUCUAUUCAGGAAGGUAGUUUGACAGUUUCAGCAAGCAAAAGCAAAGUUAAAACACCAAAGAAACAUGGAGGCAGACAGAAAAAGGGUGCUGGUUUUCGUGCUAGUGAGACUCUCUCUGCAGUCCCUGGUGCAAAUGCUUCUAGCAACUCAUCAAGCACUGUGGAACUUUGUGUGGAACCCCCACCUUCAUUGGAAGAGACUGAACUUGGAAUUAUUGAAGAGACAAUGAUACCUUCAAUGAAAUCUAAGGAAUAUUCACUUUCCAAAAAUUCAAAAUCUGGUGGAGUGAGAAAGGGAAGGUCCAAAUCCUCUGGCCCAGCAAAGAGCAGGAGAAAAAAUGCUUGUACACAGGGGGGAAACCAGUGUAAGCCGUUUCAUAAAAGGAAAGUCACAGAGAAGGUUCUUUUGACUACAAAAGGAGGAAAGAAGGUUGUUUGUGAUCAGGUUGAAGACAAGACGGAAGAUCAACCAAAUAUAGGAAACCACAUUGCUGAUGAUAUCGAACAAACUGAAUCUGGCAACUUAAGUGUAACUGAUGAUGGAGCUAAGAUGGGGAUGGUAUCGACUGGUGUUACUGAGCAGUGUUUACCUUCAGAAAGUGCUUGGGUGAGGUGUGAUGAAUGCUACAAAUGGCGGCGUAUUCCAGUUACUCUUGCAAGCUCAAUUAACGAAUGCAGAUGGGUCUGCAAAGACAAUAUGGAUGAAGCCUUUGCUGAUUGUUCAACACCUCAAGAGAAGUCAAAUGAAGAAAUUAAUAUGGAGUUAGGUCUAUCAGAUUUUGAAGAUGAGGUUUUUUUAAAUCUUGAUGGAUCAAUGGAUUGUCUGAGUAUUGCAGCUACACCUAAUCCAACUUUUUGGCGUAUUGAUUCAAAUGUGUUUCUUCACCGUAGCCGUAAAACCCAAACAAUCGAUGAGAUAAUGGUUUGCCAUUGCAAACCAUCUCUAGAUGGCCGGUUGGGCUGUGGAGAUGAAUGCCUGAAUCGGAUGCUUAACAUUGAAUGUGUUCAAGGCACCUGUCCUUGUGGUGACCUAUGUUCGAAUCAACAGUUCCAACAACGCAAGUAUGCUGACAUGUACUGGAGUCGUUGUGGGAAAAAGGGUCAUGGGCUGCUGUUAUGUGAGGAUGUAACCAAAGGUCAAUUUAUUAUUGAAUAUGUUGGAGAGGUGCUUGACAUGCAAACUUAUGAGGCACGACAAAAGGAGUAUGCAGCUCUUGGUCAUAAGCAUUUCUACUUCAUGACAUUAAAUGGCAGUGAGGUGAUAGAUGCAUGUACCAAGGGUAAUCUAGGCCGUUUCAUUAACCAUAGUUGCAAUCCUAACUGUCGUACUGAAAAGUGGAUGGUGAAUGGAGAGAUUUGUAUUGGGCUUUUUGCAUUAAGGGAUAUUAAGAAGCAUGAAGAGCUGACAUUUGACUACAACUAUGUGAGAGUGUUUGGGGCUGCUGCCAAAAAAUGUUAUUGUGGCUCUCCUCAAUGUCGGGGUUAUAUAGGUGGAGAUCCACUAAAUACUGAAGUAAUUUAUCAAGGUGAUUCAGAUGAGGAAUAUCCUGAACCUUUGAUGCUUGAAGAUGGAGAUGAUUUGGAAAGUACUAUAUCCAGAUCCAGUCCCUUCUAUGGUGAUAAGACUCAGUAUCCACUAAAAAAUAAAAAUAAAAUGGAUGAUACCACCAGAGCUGUUCAGCAAUCAGAGAUUUCCACAGAAGUUGAGAACCUUGUGAACCUAUCUGCUUCUGCCAUUUCCCAAGUGCCCAGUUCAUUGGAAGUGCGGGAUACAAAAGGAAAAUAUCUUCCAGCUCAGCCAGAAAUUUCCAUACAAGCAGAAGAUAUAACUCGCAUGUCAGGAUCCACUGUUUGUCAAGAGAUUAAUAUGGAAGAAGAAAUUAAGAACAGUGCUUCAUCUUUCAUGCAACAAAUGGAGACAACUUCUUCAACUUUGCUGUGUGGCAAAUUGCUUCUUGAUGGCAGUGAUGCUAAUAGGAAAGGCAAGUCUGAUACAGGUGAUGACAAGCAGGUUUUGCCAAAACCUCACCCUCGUAUAAAGACUUCACGCUCAUCUGGCUCUGUGAAGAAAGGGAAGGUUAUUAGUAGUCAUCUAAAUGGAAAUAAAGUUAAGAUAGCAGCCACUAAAUCUCAGCUUCUGUCUUUCAAACCCAAAAAAGUAGUGGAAGGUUCCUCUAGUGGCCGUUUUGAAGCAGUUCAGGAGAAAUUGAAUGAGUUGCUGGAUGCUGAUGGGGGCAUAAGUAAGCGAAAAGAUGCUCCUAAAGGAUAUUUGAAGCUUCUGCUUCUGACUGCUGCCUCUGGUGACAGUGUCAAUGGCGAAGCAAUUCAGAGUAAUCGAGAUUUAUCAAUGAUUCUUGAUGCGCUUUUGAAAACAAAAUCGCGAGUUGUGUUGUUAGAUAUAAUCAACAAAAAUGGUUUACAGAUGCUUCACAACAUGAUGAAGCAGUAUAGAGGGAACUUUAAAAAGAUACCAAUUCUCCGGAAGCUUCUGAAGGUUUUAGAAUAUUUAGCAGUGAGGGAGAUACUUUCACAGGAUCAUAUAAUUGGUGGUCCUCCUUGUGCUGGAAUGGAGAGCUUUAGGGAGUCUAUACUGUCAUUCACCGAGCAUGAUGACAAGCAGGUUCAUCAAAUUGCGCGUAAUUUUCGUGAUAAAUGGAUUCCUAAACCUUUCAGAAAAUCUAGCUGCAUGGACAGGGAUGGUGGCAGGAUGGAUUUUCACAGGGGUGCAAACUGCAAUAGGCUUUCAGCUUCUCACAAUCAUUGGCACGAUCAGGGUUCAAGACCUUCAGAAGCAAUUCAUUGUGGCGUGCAGUCAUUCACAAUCACUUCAGUGGAUAGUACAGCCAAUAAGACUGGUUCCGCACCUUGUACUGGUUAUCAACAGACAACUGGCUCCAUGACUCGCAAACGUAAAAGCCGAUGGGAUCAGCCAGCAAAACCAGAUCUAGACCUAGAUUCAAGACCUGUUACGCACAAGGAACAGAAGCGUGAAUCUAUGAUACAACAGCAGUGUGAAAAAUCUAGCACAUUCACCCUUAGAAGUCAGCUAAUGCCCAAUCAUGUAGAUAACCUGAGCAGAGAAGACAGCAAUUGCCCUGACUUUGUCCACAAUAACUAUAACCGAGAUGAAGCUGUUAGCUCUGAAGAUGGAGGGCAAACUACCCAAGAAGAUGUUCCACCAGGUUUUACGUCUCCCUUUAACCCACCUCCCAUUUCAUCAGACGCCUCAUCAACUACUGAUAUUCCUCAGCAAAAUGUUCUGCAUCGAAAAUGUUUAUGUGAUGUGGCUAUUGGGCAUCCUCAGCAGAAAUUCAUUUCCCGCUUGCCUGUUUCAUAUGGAAUUCCAUUACAUACUUUGCAGCAGUUUGGUUCACCCCAAGCUGAAACUGUAGAUAGCUGGGCUGUUGCUCCAGGCAUGCCUUUCCAUCCUUUUCCACCUUUACCCCCAUUGCCCCGUGACAAGGGAGGCUCUCCACCUUGUUCUGCUGAUACCUGUAAAACUGCUAAUGAAUCUAUAGAAGAAUUGCAAGCAGAUGGUCACCGUUUACCCACCUGCCACACUGAGGAUGACAAUCCAAGCACGACAGGAGCUAACCAAUCAGAUGCAGAUAUCCAGCAAACAUGUAAUCGAAUGAGAGGAUCCUCAAAUGAUUUGGGAAGAAGGUACUUCAGGCAACAGAAAAGGAAGGGACCCCCAUGGCUUUGGAGAAGAAAUGAGCUUAGAGGUUCUUAUUGUUCACCGGAUAAUUUUUAUCAGCGUCCCUUCCAACAAAAUCACCAUUGAAUUGAUUCAUAGGAAAUACUCAUUAAAAGACAACUGAAUUUUUCAUCCACACAUUAAUGUAUUCUCAAUUCUUUCACUUGUGAUGUUCCAUUUUUCAUUGAAAAUUUUAUUCAAGUUCAGAUUUCCAGUCCAAGUUAUGACAUUACAGCCGAGGGAAUGAUGCUCCACUUUUGCCAGGUGCUCCUUUUGGAUAUAGACCCAUUUGUACAUGCCUCAUAGAGGUAGGCAUUCUUGGUCUUGGUCUAUGUAUUGUUUUUACCAUGUAGAAAUCAAUAAGGCUUAUGAAUAUUUUAACUAGUAGAAUGAAAGAUUAUCGUAUUGGUUCA